AUGCGUAAGUUGGUUGAUGUUCUAGCCACUGGGGAGGACCUCCUUUUCAACUGUGUAGUGGGACACUUUACCAAGUCGCCACCCCUCCUUGCCUCGACGGAACCUUCGCCCGCUUUGCAGGAAGCUCUCUCUGCUGAGUGGCCCGUCGAACUGCGCUCCUAUCUAGCCACCUCAUCACCGGCCACGGUGUUGGAGUAUCGGCACACCUGUCUGCGUGCCUUUUCAUUGCAUUUUCCCCGGCCUGCUGACAUAGGCACCUUCCAGACUCUGAGUGAGGACUUCCACAGCGAACUGCUGGGUGAUGAGACCAACAGCGUCUCCUACCUUCCACUCUUUGCUAGCAAUAUCAGGUAG